AUGAGCGAAGCUGAGCCCGACUCGACGGCGCAAGCACGGGCCUUCCUCGCAUGGGUGCAAGCCGUAGGCGUGGAAUGUGGCAGCGUAGAGGAGCUGGCCGAUGGGCGGGCCUUGUUCCAGGUGCUGGCGGAUGUUGACGCCUCCCACUUCCAGAACCCGCACACCUCAGCAUCAGAAGGAGAUGCUUCGACAAGCUACGUGGUCAAGCUCGGCUCUCUACGUCGGCUGCACAAGUUGAUGAUAGAAUACUACACCUCCACUCUCUCGCUCAACAUCUCUUCUCUCCCUACGCCCAACCUAGAUGAGCUCGCUCGCUCGCCCUCCUCCUCCCACAACGAGCUAUCCGCCCUCUGCCAGCUCGCGAUAGGUAUAACAGUCAAUGCCGAUGCCACAAAGGCUGCUCACAUCGUCGCCAUCCAGACGCUCGGGCAGGCAGAGCAGGGCCAACUCAUGAUCGCAAUCGAUGCAGUCAUGAGUGCGACCAAGGAGGCUGCAACAGGGGUCGGGCCGCAGCAGCACGAGAGGGGAUCGAGCGACGACAACGAGACCAACGCGGCCGCCGCUCUAGCAGCGGCCAACAAAGCCAAGCAAGAAAUGGAGCGCUCCCUCUUCUCUCUCGCAGAAGAGCACGCAACUCUCAAGUCCAACCACGAAGAAAGCGAAGCCGAACGAGAAUCCCUCCGUCGUGAGCUGGAACAAAUGCGCGAAGAGCGCGCCCGCGAGCAGACGUCUGGGGUGGAUGUGGUCCUCAAGGAGGAGGUGGACUCGUUGCGUUCCCAGCUGAGAAAGAGCGAGAACAGUUUGGCAGAGGCGGAACAGCGUAUUGAGCGAUUGGAUGCUCUGAAUAAGGAGCAGGGAAAGAAGCUGCACGACCUGCAACCCCUAGCCUCUUCCGCCUCCCAACUCAAAGAUCAACUAGACGAGUAUCGUCACCUAGCCGAAAAGGCUCAACGCACCGAAAACGCCUUGGAGAAGUACAAGCGUCGCCUCGAAGAGUCUUCCUCGCUUCGUCGGGACCUCAAGGAGUUGGAGGGGCAGAACGCCGAGCUCGUAGACCGCAACGCUGCGCUGGAAAGUGAAGUGGCCAAGUUGGCCGAAGGGAGACCACUUUUGGAGGAAUGGAGGAAAAGGGUCGAACAGGUCGAGGCGCAAAAUCGCGCCCUAGAGGAGGAGCUGGCUACGCAGAGGUAUAAUCUCGAGCAGACCGCCGCCGAGGUCAAGGCGUUGGAGGAGGCGAGGAGUAAAGACGCGGAGCAGAUGAGUACGUUGCAGGAGAGGGCCGAGGAGCUUGAGUUGAGCGGGGAGCGCAGCGGUGCCAGCAGCGUCGAGCGCGACGAUAGCGACGGCGACGCAGACGAAGAAGACUUGGCAGCCCUCUCCAGUACGGCGCUCAAGCUGCGUAUUCACUCCCUCACGCGCGAGGUGCGCCGCCUCAAAGGAGGGGACGGGUCUCGUCUGGCCGCAUUGGAGCAUCUACUCGCCGACGCACAGCGUAGUCGUAAGCGCUACGAGGAGGACUACUGGGCCGAGUAUCGUGCGAGGCUCAAGUUGGCAGGGGAGAUGGAGAGGAUCCGUAAAGCGGCGGGCAGCGGCAAAGGAGGGAAGAUGGAGGAGGGUCAAAGUGCCCUCGCAUGGCGAAUGCGGGCGAAGGAAGUUGAGGAGGAGUUGCAGGAUGUCAAGAGGAGAUGGGAGGAGGCCAGAGAGGAGUUUGAACAGUCUGAGAAGGACUUGGUGAAGGCGAGGACAGAUCGUGAGUAUCCCUCGCCCAUUCCUCGACGCGUCGUCGUCGCCCACGCGUUCUCCAAUGCUAACCCACCUUUCCCCUCCUCCUCCUCCUCCUCCUCCUCCUUCUCAUCUGCCCUCCCCGCUAUGCCCCCAGUCUCCCUCGUAGGCCGGGAUCGCACCUCCAUCCUAACCUCUUUACGCGCCUCCGUCUCCGCCGAGGUCGACUCCCUCAGCGCCCAGCUGGCCUCCACCAAGGCAGAUCUAGCGCACAGUCGCGAGGCGCACGCGAAGCUGUCCGACCGGGUGCAGGGGUUACUGAUGGACAAGAUAGCUCUGCUCGACGCUGGCGGCGGCGGAGGUAAGGGGCAAGCUGAGGAGAUGAGGAAGGCGAUUUUAGCUUUCACCAAAGGCGGAAGCGCCGGAGACAAGGAGGGGCAUGGCGAUGCGGAGGAAGAGGCGCGCUCCCUCCGCUCUCAGUUGGAGAUCCUUCGCGAGCGGAUGGGAAAGGCAAAACAGUUCAUCAAGGAGCAGGAUCGUCUACUCCAAGAAGCAAGGAGCGUCAAGGAGACUAGUGACGCUACGGCGAGCGAUGACUUGGCGAGCUCCGAGCUGCGCAAGGAGAAUGAGGCGCUGAAGCUGGAGCAGGAGUAUAUUCUUGCCGCUUGGUACCAGCUGGCUAUGCGGAUGAGCAGUACGGGCGCGUCGGCGGGAGGGAGGGGGGCUACUGCUGCCACUGGGCCGCAGGGAGGGGCUGGGGCUCGAAGUUGGUUGGGUCAGCAGCAGCGCAGUAGGAGUACGGUUGCUUGGGCUUUGGGGAGACGAUGA